AUGAGCUCAUGUCGUAUCGAACGGAAGCGCGCUCACGACAGAGAAGCCCAGAGAGCGAGCAGGGCGAAGACCAAGGCAUAUAUUGCCCAUCUGGAGAAGACCGUAGCAGAUCUUACUGGAAGUUCUGGUGACAAUAGAGCCAAUUACCUUGCUCGGCAUGCGUCCAAACAAGCCCAGGAAAUCGAUGGUCUCCAAGGACUAGUCAGCAAGAUUCGUUCCCUAGUCCAGGAGGCAUCCAAAGGGGACGGAUCUUCGUCGAGCGGCUCGCGUCCACCCCGUGUGAAGGCUGAAGGCUCCAUCGUGGAGUCCAUGUUUGGGGAUGGCUCUGCAGACAACCCGUUCUCCGCCCGAGGGGAUUCCGAAUCAGCCAGUGAGGACCAAUGGACCAAUGAAGGACCUGGAUGGACGAAUACCGAAGUGCCAAAUGUGCUGCAACGCGAAGAUCCAAGACCAAAGGCUCAGCCAGCCACCGCAUCUCUACCUCGUAAUCUUAACGUGCUCGGCGUCAGUGUUGCGUGUGAGGACACCGAAGAUUGUACCUACGUCCUUCGCCUCAACGAUGCUAUCACGAAGCUUGAGCAAACGACCGAUAGUCUAUCAGGACCACAGGAGGAUGAAGACAUCUUGGUCCGAGCUAUCGUUCAUGGCGGGGAUGCAGCUGGGAGGGUUCAUCACUUCGACAUUGUAUGGCGAUUCCUCCGCGCUUACGACGAGGGUCUUUGGUAUCGGGCUGGUCAGGCAGGGAGACUUGCCACUCUCUGGCAGAUGCGAAACAACAUGCUUCACAAGAUCCAACCAAAGAAUCAGCAACAACGCGAAAUCUCUCCAUUCAUGGCACCAACGCAGAAUCAACUGUCCUGCAAAAAACGUGCUCCCAUUGUAGACUACUUUGGAUGGCCAGCCGUUCGAAAUCAUCUACUUACUCAAGGAAUCGGCAAACGUACAGGAAAGGCAUUGAUUGCUUUCGUGGAGAGCUUCCGCUUCGUCUGGCCAUACGAUGUGCGAGACACCUAUAAGGUGAAUAGGUCGACGGGCAUAUACUCUUUCUCUGAGAGCUUCAACCGGAGCUGGAAUGAUCUGUCAUGUUUUCGCAUGCUGCACAACGAUCUCAUCCCGUACUAUGUGCACCCAAGUCUAGCACAGGCAGCUCCAGCACCAUCUGCGACGUAUCACCCUUCGUUCGAGCAUCAAGACAGCGACGAAUCGGUCGAUGAAGAAGUCGUACGAUCUACUGAUGUGGUCGUUCCAGACCUCGAGUCAAUGCUGCAAAAUGAUCAUCCAAUAGAGGGCUGGAUGCAGAACUUCGACAUGAGCAUGCCCAACGGCGCUUCGCAGUACGCCAUGGAUCGUUUUACACUCUCCCACGAAGCAGGCUUGAACCAGUGGCCUACUAUAUGA